CCUGUGAUGUCUCCGUCCAGCACAGGCUCCCCGUGCGCGGCAUGUCUCAUCAAGCGGCAGAAUCUAAAGCCUGACCCAGCCACAAUGGAGGCGUCGUCCUUUUGAACAAAUGCGCUUGUGCACGAUAAAGUGCGAGUGUAUUGGACAAUGAACAGCGAGAAAUCCCAGUCAACGUAACUCCAUCUGGACAUCAGGACAGGCCACGAUGGCUCUGAUAAAGGCGGCAUUAAUCGUGUUACUUCAUGGCGUUUUCCAGUGUGCUGUGUGCCGGGAUGUAACUCUACCCAUCGGACCACUUUACCGCGUGGCAGGUUUCCCCGUGUCCCUGCCCUGUGUGGUGACGGGGUACGAAGGCCCACGGACACAGGAAUUUGAGUGGUUCUUGUACAGAGACGAUGCGGGUGGGAGGCAGAUGGGUGUCAUCUCCACUCGGGACCCAGGUUUCCCCUAUGCCCCGUUUCAAUCGCGGGUGAGGAACAGCGAGGUCAGGGUGGAGAGGGAUUCGGGUGAUCGGGUCCGACUGGUGAUCCACAGGCUGCGUAUUGAAGACCAGGGGAAGUACGAGUGCUACACACCCAGCACGGACUCCACCUAUCAGGGCAACUACAGCGGCUCGGUCAUCGUCAAAGUGAUUCCCGACACACUGCAGAUCAGCUACUCUCGCUCGCUCACAGGACAGCCACUGCCAGAGGGGGCUGAAUUAACUCUGACUUGCUCUGCUAGUAUCCAAUCGGAACAGCUCACUCAUCUGUCGGUCAUGUUUGGGAAGCACGGCGAGACAAGUGACGGAGAUACAGAGAUUAUCUCCAUUGACAAGAUGCUAGGGGUUGUGCCUGCACGUCUGUACCAGAAGCGCUAUGAAGAUGGAGAGAUCACAUUGGAGAAGAGGAACGUGGAGGGUGGACAGGACCUGUACGUGAUGAAGAUGAGAGGGGUGCAGGCAGAUGACAGGGGCUCCUAUUUCUGUGAGGCCUCCCAGUGGAUCCGGGACCCUGAUCGAUCAUGGCAGAAGAUUGCACAGAGAAAACUGGAUAUUGGCAAUUUGACUGUCAAUCAACUAAGUGACAUUAUAAAAGUGAUGCCCGUGCCCCAGGGGAUUCUGACACUGCAGAUCGGUGCUCCCCUGCUCCUGACAUGUGAGGUGCAAGGAUUACCCACUCAAAUCAACUAUGGACUCUUGGUUCAGUGGUUGGUCAGUGAUGGCACCAGAAGCAAAGAGGUGGAAUUGGCACGGAUGACUCCUGCUGGUGUGGUGAGCUGGGGGGACGAGCUGAGCCAGGGCAGGGGCUCACUGGAGAAAGUGUCUGAUGGCCGAUACACUCUUAAGUUGUUCUCGGUGCAGCCCGCAGACUCCGGCUCUUAUCGAUGUGCGGUCAGCUUUUACGCUCCAGACACAAGCCUCAGUCCAUCUACAGCACCCAUCUACUCCCAGCACUCUGAGGGAGUCACUGUCAACCUCCGCACUAAAGAUGUGCGUGUCACCGCAGUGGCUCAGCUCCCUCGUGGUCCCCUGUUGAAAAGAGGCAGUACCAUCACUUUAAUUUGCAAUGUGACUAUUAUAACCACAGGCCCUGUCCAGGCACAGGUGCAGUGGGUGCGCUCGCCCAUUCCCGAACCAAUCACAAAGAAAGAUCAAAGUCCAGCCUCAGACGUAUCUUCGCCUGAUGAACCAAUUGAAGUUACACCUGAGCCAGUAGCUACUUUGAGGCAUGACGGUGUGGCCGAAGUAUUCUCCAACAGCAGUGAGGUUAGCGUGGACCGGAUAACUAUGAGCAGCUACAGGCUAAGGGUGCAUGUGGCCCAGACUGAGGACCAGGGCUUGUAUGCCUGCUACGCUAACGCCUGGGGACAGGAUCCACACGGAGCAUGGUACAACACUGGUGUCAAAGCAGAGUCGAACACAGUGACUGUUUAUCUCUAUGCUCGGGCGGAGGAUCUGCUCCUCAUCCCUCUGGUUGUGGGCGUGUCGUCUGCGUUGUUUGUUGGGAUUGUCAUCAUCUCAGCUGUGACAUGUUGCUUCAUGAGGCACUUGGCUAAACAGAGAGCCCGAAAAUAAAACAAAUGCUAUCUGCUGCUGCCUACACUUUGAAUGGCCUAAAAGAAAAGUUUUCCAUUGGAUGGCUGGAAUGAUCCAGUGUCUAAGCUAACACUUAGCUUCUGCGGUUCUGAUCUAUUUGUUUAAUUAUCAAUGCCAAAUAAUUUGGUUUAAUAUACAUCUAACUUUUGUAGUAGUCAAUUCCAGGCAAAAAAAGUUUAUUUUUUUAGAUUUUAUGUCUGCUCCAUGCCGACUGUGCACACCUGUUGUUUUCGUAGAUAUUUUGUGUUUUGCAAAUAUAAUACUGCCUUUUUGCAACAAAAUUCCCUAAAUAGACUAGACUGUUGCUCUGUUUUGAACUGUCCAUAUGUUUACAGCCCCUCACUACUUUUUUUUUUUUUUUUUAAGUUAAAACAGAUAUUUAAAAAUGCCACUGCAGGUUUCAUAUGCCCACAUGAAACAUUGCCUAAAUAUAAGUUCAUGUGUUGUCCAUUGUCACUGACUUUUAGUUGGAGAGAACAUUUGAAAGUGUCUCUGCAGCACUGGUCAGCAGUGUAAACAAAGUCUGCCUGUGACUUAAUAAGGAAGGCACCUACCCAAGACUGCCUCAUGCCAAGCCCAUUGACUACCAUCAUUGUGUACACAAGCUUUCUUUGUGUAUGUUCACAAUGUACUAUUUUUUUCUAUAUAUAAUUUUGUUAUGUAGGCAAAGAAAUUGGGGUGAUGUCUAUAAUGCACUGAGCAGAAACAUGUAUUUUUUUUUGUCACUUUGUUUUACAGUUUGUUUGACUGUAGUGUUGUGUUCGAGUUUAACAUUCUGCAGCGGUCCAAUGUGAAGCACUUGGACUAAUGUGGGCCUCCCAGUCCACAUCUUACUUGAGUUUCUUUCAGUUGAACAGUUACUUGCUGUACUUGGGCUAUGGAAAAACAGUUCUUGUAUGUUACUUGUAUCGCAUUGUGCAAAAGUAGUGUAAUGUUGGACUCUUAUGCCUGAGGUGAACCCGUGCACUCCAGUCAUAUGACUAGAAGAAGGUCUGCUGUCGCCAGUGGUCACAUGGUUAAAAAUGAAUGACUUGAGCCACUGUGGCUAGCCCCAGGAAAUCUGCUGGACACAUUCACCUUGUGGUGAACACUUAAGUGAAUUCUGCUCCCCACAUUCUUCCACUCGUGCUCCAUUAACACUGAUACAGUAUGCUGAAGGCAAAGGUUUUUUUCCAAAUUUGUUUGCACUCAUUGUUUGUGUUAAUUUUAUUUGUAGCCACUUGUAGCCAUUUGUAAUCAUCUGUAUCUUGUGGAUGCUUUUAAAUGUGGAUCCUACAGGAGCUUGUGCGUUCUUAACUGACUUUUAAGGUUCCUCGUAAUGAACAGGUAAACACAUUUGUGUUUGUUUCCAGAGCCACUUUGUUCCAGAUCAACCACUCAAAGCUGAUUUGCUGCUUCGACAUACUCACCCACAACAUGAUUACACAGGGAAGGCUCAGAUACACGUGCACUCUGCCAGCGCACGGUGCCGCUGGCUCAUAUUUCCGAUGGGAAUAUCUGUGUCCUUCUCUAAUCCCAUGGCCCUCCCCCUCUGCUCCUCUGCUCCUCUGGCUCAAUUCAUUUCAGUUUGUGCCAAGAGGAAUUAGUCAGUUGGAAAAGUUAAGCUGUCCAUAAGUUACAUGUUGUGGCUGUAUGUAUGAAUGACUUGUCCACUCUUAAGUCAUGAGCUGGUACUGUUCCUGAAUGCAGUUUGUGUGGAGUUUGAUAAACUUGUUCACUUUUUCAUGGUGCUUUGGUAAACCUGCCAAUUGAAAAACCAAUAAACAACUGUGGAUUUAUCA